AUGAAGGACGCCGACCAGCCUGCUGCUUCUCCGGAGGUAGAGAAGAAAGAGUCUUCAGAUGUCAGCUCGCAGCCUGCAGAAGACAAAACACGGGAGAAAAAGGCAGAGGAAGAAGACGAAGAAGAAGACGAUGGCAGCUACACGACCGGCGGCGCCCGUCUGGUCAUCAUCAUGGUGGCCGAUCGAACGAUUAUUGCGACGGCUGUGCCCGAGAUAGCAAACCAGUUCCACGCGCUGGACGAUAUCAACUGGUAUGCCAGCGCCUAUCUCAUCACCAGCUGCGCCACCCAGCUGUCCUGGGGAAAGGUGUAUACCUUCUACUCGACCAAGACGGUCCUGCUCAGCGCCAUCGUCAUCUUCGAGGUCGGCUCUGCCCUCUGCGGCGCUGCGCCCAACUCGACCGUUUUCAUCGUUGGCCGUGCCAUUGCAGGAACUGGCUCAGCCGGCAUCUUCUCUGGCACCACCGUCGUUAUCGCCCAGGUUGUCCCCCUGAGGAAACGGCCGAUCUACGUCGGGAUGAUGGGGUCCAUCUUUGGCAUCUCCUCCAUCAUCGGGCCUCUCAUGGGCGGUGCAUUCACUGACAGAGUCACCUGGAGAUGGUGCUUCUAUAUCAAUUUGCCCAUUGGAGGAGCAACUCUGGCAGUUCUCGUCUUCUUACUGUCUGUUCGGUCCAAGAAGGAGUCUGUUUCUUGGAAGACCCAGGUCAACCGGCUGGACCCCAUCGGCAGCGUUCUCUUCCUCCCCUCGGCAACCUGCUUCCUGCUGGCUCUUCAGCUGGGUGGUACCUCGUAUCCAUGGAACAGCGGCCGCAUUAUCGCCCUCUUCGUCGUGUCUGGGGUCCUGAUGAUCGCCUUUGUGGCCGUCCAGAUCUGGCGACAGGAAGAUGCUACCGUUCCACCUCGCAUCUUCUGCCAGCGCAGCAUCGCCUGCGGAACCGGGUUCGCUACCUGCGUCGGUGGAGGCCUCAUCUCCAUGCUCUAUGCCCUCCCCAUCUGGUUCCAGGCGGUCAAGGGCACCACUGCCGUCCAGUCGGGCAUCGAUACCAUCCCCAUGGUCCUCUCCCUCGUCGUCGGAUCUAUACUCUCUGGCGGCAUCAUCACCGCUACCGGACACUAUGUUCCCUGGAUGUACGUCGCCACGGUUCUCAUGUCAGUCGGUGCUGGCCUGACGACCACCUUCAAAGUUGAUACCGGCCACUCUGCCUGGAUCGGUUACCAGGUCCUGUUCGGUUUCGGUAUCGGAACAGGCCUACAGCAACCCAGUCUGGCUGCCCAGACUGUCCUCGGCAUGAAGGACCUUUCGACCGGAGUCUCUCUCAUGUUCUUCGCGCAGUCUCUCGGCGGUGCCCUUUUCGUCGCCAUCAGUCAGUCGUUAUUCGCCAACGCUCUCGCAUCCAACUUGUCUCUGGUCCCUGGCCUAGAUGUAGCAAAGGUGCUGGCCAAUGGAGCAAAGGAUCUCGGCAAAGUGGUGCCCGCCGACAAGCUGCCCGAGGUUCUACCCCUUUACAACGACAGCUUAAGGAGGUCGUUUAUCGUCUCUCUUGCUGUCUCCUGUUUGAUGAUCCUUCCUACCCUCGGCAUGGAGUGGCGCACCAUCAAGAAGAAAGGCAAAUCUCCAGGCCCAGAGGCAUAA